GACAGCAACUGACCCCAGGCCCAGCUGGCCUUGGCUGGCCUGGAUCAGCCUCCGGAGUAUGGUCUGGCGGGGGUCCUCUUUCCUAUUUCCCGUUCUCUUCUUGGCCUCUCAUGUUGGUGCAGCUGUGGACUUGACGCUGCUGGCCAACCUGCGCAUCACGGACCCCCAGCAUUUCUUCCUGACUUGCGUGUCUGGUGAGGCUGGGGCAGGGAGGAGCUCAGACGCCUGGGGCCCACCCCUGCUGCUGGAGAAGGAUGACCGCAUCGUGCGCACCUUCCCACCUGGGCAGCCCCUGCACUUGGCACGCAAUGGCUCACACAAGGUCACGCUGCGUGGCUUCUCCAAGCCCUCGGACUUGGUAGGCGUCUUCUCCUGCGUGGGUGGCGCUAGCACGCGGCGUACUCGAGUCCUCUAUGUGCACAACAGCCCGGGGGCCCACCUGUUUCCAGACAAGGUCACACACACAGUGAACAAAGGUGACACAGCUGUGCUUUCUGCACGUGUGCACAAGGCAAAGCAGACGGAUGUGAUAUGGAAAAACAAUGGAUCCUACUUUCAUACCCUAGAUUGGCACGAGGCCCAUGAUGGGCGGUUUCAACUGCAGCUCCAAAAUGUGCAGCCACCAUCCAGUGGCAUCUACAGUGCCACCUACCUAGAAGCCAGCCCCCUGGGCAGUGCCUUCUUUCGGCUCAUCGUGCGGGGCUGUGGGGCUGGACGCUGGGGGCCAGGGUGUGCUAAGGAUUGCCCAGGCUGCCUGCACGGAGGUGUCUGUCAUGACCAUGAUGGCGAAUGUGUGUGCCCCCCGGGAUUUACUGGUACCCGCUGUGAGCAGGCCUGUAGAGAGGGUCGUUUUGGGCAGAGCUGCCAGGAACAGUGCCCAGGCACAGCAGGCUGCCGGGGUCUCACCUUCUGCCUCCCAGAUCCCUAUGGCUGUUCUUGUGGAUCCGGCUGGAGGGGAAACCAGUGCCAGGAAGCUUGUGCCCCUGGUCAUUUUGGGGCUGAUUGCCGCCUCCAGUGCCAGUGUCAAAAUGGUGGCACUUGUGACCGGUUCAGCGGCUGUGUCUGCCCCUCUGGAUGGCAUGGAGUACAUUGUGAGAAGUCAGACCGGAUCCCCCAGAUCCUCAAUGUGGCCACUGAACUGGAGUUCAACUUAGGGACAAUGCCUCGGAUCAACUGUGCAGCUGCAGGGAAUCCUUUCCCAGUACGAGGCAGCAUGGAGCUCCGCAAGCCAGAUGGCACCAUGCUCCUGUCUACCAAGGCCAUCGUGGAGCCAGACAGGACCACAGCUGAGUUUGAGGUGCCCAGUUUGACUCUUGGGGACAGCGGGUUCUGGGAAUGCCGUGUAUCCACGUCCGGAGGCCAAGAUAGCCGGCGCUUCAAGGUCAACGUGAAAGUACCCCCAGUACCUCUGACUGCUCCUCGGCUCCUGGCCAAGCAGAGCCGUCAGCUUGUGGUCUCUCCGUUGGUUUCCUUUGAUGGGGAUGGACCCAUCUCCUCUGUCCGCCUGCACUAUCGGCCUCAGGACAGCAUGAUUGACUGGUCUGCUAUCGUGGUGGAUCCCAGUGAGAAUGUGACGUUAAUGAACCUGAAGCCAAAAACAGGAUACAGUGUUCGUGUGCAGCUGAGUCGGCCCGGGGAAGGAGGAGAGGGAGCCUGGGGGCCUCCUACCCUUAUGACUACUGACUGUCCUGAGCCUUUGCUGCAGCCGUGGCUAGAGGGCUGGCAUGUGGAGGGUCCUGACAGGCUACGAGUGAGCUGGUCCCUACCCUCGGUGCCGCUGUUGGGUGAUGGUUUCCUGCUACGCCUGUGGGACGGGGCCCGGGGACAGGAGAGGCGGGAGAACAUCUCAUCCCCCCAGGCCCGCACUGCCCUCCUGACUGGACUCACGCCUGGCACCCACUACCAGCUGGAUGUGCGGCUUUAUCACUGCACCCUCCUGGGCCCUGCCUCACCCCCUGCGCAUGUGCUUCUGCCCCCGAGCGGGCCUCCAGCUCCCCGGAACCUCCGCGCCCAGGCCCUCUCAGACUCUGAGAUCCAGCUGACCUGGCAGCAUCCUGAGGCUCCAUCUGGUCCUAUAUCUAAGUACAUUGUGGAGAUUCAGGUGGCCGGGGGCUCAGGAGACCCCAAGUGGAUGGAUGUAGACAGGCCUGAGGAGACAAGCACCAUCGUCCGUGGCCUCAAUGCCAGCACGCGCUACCUCUUCCGGGUGCGGGCCAGUGUGCAGGGUCUCGGCGACUGGAGCAACACAGUAGAAGAGGCCACUCUGGGCAAUGGGCUGCAGAGUGAGGGCCCAGCCCAAGAGAGCCGGGCGGCUGAAGAGGGCCUGGAUAAGCAACUGGUCCUGGCUGUGGUGGGCUCCAUCUCUGCCACCUGCCUCACCAUCCUGGCUGCGCUUUUAGCCCUGGUGUGCAUCCGGCGAAGCUGUCUCCAUCGGAGACGCACCUUCACCUACCAGUCAGGAUCGGGCGAGGAGACAAUCCUGCAGUUCAGCUCAGGAACCUUGACAUUGACCCGGCGGCCAAAGCCACAGCCUGAGCCCCUGAGCUACCCUGUGCUGGAGUGGGAGGACAUCACCUUCGAGGACCUCAUCGGGGAGGGGAACUUCGGCCAAGUCAUCCGGGCCAUGAUCAAGAAGGACGGGCUCAAGAUGAAUGCAGCCAUCAAGAUGCUAAAAGAGUACGCUUCUGAAAAUGACCAUCGCGACUUUGCAGGCGAAUUGGAAGUCCUGUGCAAACUGGGACACCACCCCAAUAUCAUCAACCUCUUGGGAGCCUGUGAGAACCGAGGUUACUUGUAUAUUGCUAUCGAAUAUGCCCCUUAUGGAAACCUACUCGAUUUCCUGAGAAAGAGCAGGGUCCUGGAGACUGAUCCGGCAUUUGCUCGAGAGCAUGGAACAGCCUCCACCCUCAGCUCCCGGCAGCUGCUGCGCUUUGCCAGUGAUGCGGCCAAUGGCAUGCAGUACCUGAGUGAGAAGCAGUUCAUCCACAGGGACCUGGCUGCCCGCAAUGUGCUGGUUGGAGAGAACCUGGCCUCCAAGAUCGCAGACUUUGGCCUUUCUCGGGGGGAGGAAGUAUACGUGAAGAAGACGAUGGGCCGUCUCCCUGUGCGUUGGAUGGCCAUUGAGUCUCUCAACUACAGUGUCUACACCACCAAGAGCGACGUCUGGUCCUUCGGGGUCCUCCUGUGGGAGAUAGUGAGCCUUGGUGGCACGCCCUACUGUGGCAUGACCUGUGCUGAACUCUACGAGAAGUUGCCUCAGGGCUACCGUAUGGAGCAGCCUCGAAACUGUGACGAUGAAGUGUACGAGCUGAUGAGGCAGUGCUGGCGGGAUCGUCCCUAUGAGCGCCCCCCCUUUGCCCAGAUCGCACUGCAGUUGGGCCGCAUGCUAGAAGCCAGGAAGGCCUAUGUGAACAUGUCGUUAUUUGAGAACUUCACCUAUGCGGGCAUUGACGCCACAGCUGAAGAGGCCUGAGUUGCCCACACACUGGAACCUGGCUCUGCUGGCCAGAGCAAACCCUCCCACCUGUCUGUGACUUCGGACCCUUCUAACCACAAGACCCAAGCUGUCUCAAGAAAGUCUUUCAACUCAGAGGAAAAAAGAAAAGAUCCAAGAAACAUGGGCUGAGGGAAACAGGGGGUCCCCAUUCUUGGCAGCUGCUCUCAGAGCCACCCUUUUUAUCCUUCCUUCCCACUCAUUCUGUUCCUCCACAUGUGUGCUCCCCAUUCUUCUGCUCCCUACACCCAAACCCCACUUCUGAUCCUCCACCGAAAGCAGAAUACAUGCCACUAACACCCCGCUUAGCCACCCCCACUCUCUGCUUGACCUCAGUAAAAAAUAAACAUGCUGAGUAGCCACGUGUCUCCAUUUUACAGAUGAUUGGUCCAAGGUGGGAAGAGUUAAUCCCAAGAGCGAAAGCUGGACUUCUGAGGAAAGAAGUGCUGUCCUGUCGCGCUGCCCUUCAGGAGGGGUGCCGGGUGUUCUGGAGCACCCACUGGCCACAUGUGCCACCAGUCCCCCCACCUCUAUCCCAGUUGUAUCACCAUCUCUCCUUGUUCCCCUUCCUGCUUUCCAGCCUUCUUACCAGCAUGUCUCCCUGCAUCUCUGAGGAGUCACCACAGCCUCAGAAUCUUUGCUCUGCCCAAAGCAGUCCAUGCCAGGACUGGCUGAACCCUGGCUCAGCUUGAAGCAACAUCCUACCCCAGACAGAUGGUGGCUGGACUUGGGGUCAUUGUUCCCCUCUCGCACUUGGCUUCCAGGCAGCCUUCCCUGGCAGGUCACCAGCUUACAGCCAGCUAAUUGGAGGGAGGCAGCGGCCCCUCCCAACUUCAGCCAGAUGAGGUGGAUUCCUCUGUACUGGUGCUGGGGGAGGUGUUUCUCUCCUAGCUGAAAGGGUGUCCCAUCCGCCACCCCAUCCAUGAUGUGUGGCCUCUGACUGGCUUUUCCUUUGACUGCUCAGGACUGUCCUCAGAUGUCUCUCCCACUGAGUCUUAGGAAACAAACAGAAUUUUUGUUUUCAGUGAAUCAGAUGAACACCCUCCUCCCCACUAAGAAAAACAUAAACCUGGUAUGACAGUGUGGUCAACAACACAGAUGCUAGAAUUGCAGGCCUGGGCUCAAGAGUUGCAAGGCACACGUUAUCUGUGUGACCUUCAUCGCAUCUUUUAACCUCUCUGAGCUUGUUUUUCUCCUCUGAGAAAGGAGUGGACUUUAGCUGCCUCGUUGUCGCUGGUACUAAAUGAGCUCUUCCGCAGCCCUGGAACUGGAUCUCAUGCGUCCUUAAGUGCUGUCCGCUGAUGGUGUAAUAUACAAAGACAGCAAGAUCUGUGGUGAACAGGGCUGAAUGGUCAGAGCCUGAGAUGAAUCAGGAGGAAGAAAUCCAUUGUAGUAAAUGGGAAGCUAAUGCAGGGUAGAUGGAAUGUGCUGUAAUAAAACUUCAGAGCUACUCAAUGAUUAAGAACAUGCACUACUUUUCCAGAGGGUGGGAGUUUGGAUCCCACCACGUACAUCAGACCCUUCACCAGUGCCUGUAACUCCAGCUCCA